UAGUUUCUCCUCUGGCAGUUGAAUACGAAGUUUUAUAAGAAAUGUUUCUGUAUAUAGAAACUGUGUGAAACAUCCUCCAUACUUUCCAUAUCGUGUUAACAUUUUACGGGAUUGUUUUUAGACAUUUUUUUAAUAGUGAAUAAAUUUUUAAUAUGAGAGUUUAGUGCUGUGGAAAAUUGUGUUUAGUGAUUCUUUUUUUGGUUUAAGACAAUCUUAAUCGGCGAAAACGAAAUCCAAUAAUUUUAUUGCUGGAAAAUGUCUGAUGGUUCCCUUUGACCAUUUUGUAUACGCGCAGUAAUAUGUGAAACACUUAUCGGUAUUCGCGCAUGUAAGAAAAAUGCUGUCUACAGGAAUUGGUUAUGGGGGUGGACAAAAUUCCAUUUCUGUGACAAAUUCCACGCCCCCUUAUAGUCCACCCCCGAACGCUAGUAACGUCGGAGGCAGACACAGCCCUCUUCCGAGCUUCGGAUUCACUCAAGAGCAAGUAGCUUGCGUUUGCGAGGUAUUGCAACAAGCCGGCAACGUUGAAAGAUUAGGAAGAUUUUUGUGGUCAUUACCGGCAUGUGAUAAACUACAUAAUAAUGAAUCGGUUUUAAAAGCUAAGGCUAUAGUAGCAUUUCAUAGAGGUAAUUUCAAAGAAUUAUAUAAGAUACUAGAAAGUCACACGUUUAGUCCCCACAAUCACGCUAAACUACAAGCGUUGUGGUUGAAAGCACAUUACAUCGAAGCAGAAAGACUAAGGGGUAGACCGCUAGGAGCUGUAGGAAAAUACAGAGUGAGGCGAAAAUUUCCUCUGCCCAGGACGAUAUGGGAUGGGGAAGAAACUAGUUAUUGCUUCAAAGAAAAAUCUAGAAGCGUUUUAAGAGACUGGUAUUCUCAUAAUCCCUACCCAAGUCCAAGGGAAAAAAGGGAAUUGGCCGAAGCUACUGGUUUAACUACAACACAAGUUUCCAAUUGGUUCAAAAAUCGAAGACAACGAGAUAGGGCUGCAGAACAUAAAGAUAGUACUCAAACCAGUUCAGAAAAACCCCACCUCGAUUCGAGUGGAUCGGACAGUGAAAAUGAAGGUCAUAAAAUGACGUACGCACCUAGCGGAUUAUUGCAAAAUCAAUUGAAUCCUUAUCAGACGAUUACAGCGCCGACUCCUUAUUCCUGUCAACCGAUGUAUCAUCAAGGACCUCCUGAAAUGCUUCAAGAUUAUCAAGCGUUGUGACAAUGGUUAAUCGUACCUCAAAGUUAUCUCAACAGUGGCAAUUUUUAGAAAGACUUUAGUUAAACUUACAUAGAAAUAUUGUACAAUGGGAAUAUUUGAAAGCGAUUAAGAAAAAAAUCCUUCUUUGAAUAUAAAACUUAUAUACUUAUAACAUUUUUGCUUCUAUAAUUGUUGCUAUGAGUGAAAGUAACCCACAAAAAAUGAAAAUGGAGUGUUCUACAAAACCCUGAUACAUCAAAAUAAAUAAUUAGCAAAAUAAAUUAACCUCCUUCUCAUAAGAUGGCGGUACUUUUCCGAGAAAGUACAGAGAAGUAGACCCCAAAAUCCGAUAAUUUAUCACUCGUUGGUAAGAAUUUCACGUGGAUUAUUGUGUGUCAACCAAUUUUUUCUAAUAUCUUUUCAUAUUUCCACUGGGAUAUUAAGCAGACUGCCAAAACAUACACCACCUUGCGACAAACGAAGAAAUCAUCAUAUAAAGCAUCAGACGCGAAGAAAAAUCUACCGUUGGAGGAUCACCUUGCCCCUUCCUUAUUACCGCGAUACAUCAAAAGGGUAAUAAAUGGAAAUUAAAUAAAGGAAAUUAAAUGAAAUCUUCGUAAGGCAGAGCUUGUACUAACCAAGAGUCUAUUUAACUGCUAAUUUAACAAAUCUAAAACUUUUUACACAAGGCAACAUCAUAAAAACGUAAAAAAUUUGAAAAAGUUAGGUUGGAAUCAUUAAUUUCAUAUUAAAAUGAAGUUUGAACUACUCGCAGAUCGCCGAUAAUGUUUGUAGGUUCAGGUUUAAACUUGUAAAAUUACGCUUUAGUCUGUUAUAGCUCAAUGGAGACUGUAAAAAAAAUGAUAAACGUCAUAGUAGAAAGUUGCCAAAUUGUGAAAAUAAUGUGGAGGUCUAAGAAAUAUAAAAUCUUUGAGGUUACUUUGAAUUUUGAGUUAAAAAUUAAAAAAAUUGAGAUAUUUAUGAGAUAUAAAACGGUCAAAUAGUAAGUAUUAUAUCUAAUUGAUCUUUAUCGCUUUCAAAAUAUUUCAAAUAUCGUUUUAAAUAGUGACAUCCCGCUUUUAUUAUGACCUUUUUCAAAAACACCUUCAUUGUUUAUAUAAUAUUGCUGUGACUAUAUGAAAAACAAGUUUAUGUUAAUUUAUAAAGUUUUGUUUACACUUUAUGGAAAAAAAACACAAAGUUGAAAAAAAAAUUAAAUUUUUAACGAAA